AUGUCCACACUCCUGGAUCACGGCUGUAUCCGCACCACAGCCGUGGAGCAGGUGGUGGCGCCGAUGGCCAGCCACUUGUGCCACCUAGUGCUGCUGUGUGACGGGGCGGAGGAGCCAGAGCAGUUCCUGCAGCUGGAGGGGUCUGCUGAGGCCGUGGCCAGGGCCACACGCAACUUGGCAUCAGUGGCGUAUAGACAAGCAGAGGAGGCCCAGGAUGAGCUCCUGCAGAUGGACAUGUCUUCUCUGGUGGAGUCCCUCACUGUGUCCGGACAACACGUGCUGCUGGCCGCUCAGAAACUAAACAUCCAGCCUACAGUCCCGGAGCACCGGGAGGAGCUCAUCGCUGCCACGCAAAACGUCUUCCUGGGAGUGGUCAAAGUCCUCCUGGUGAGUGACGACGCGUCUGUGAGAAAAGUUUUAGCUGCAGCCGACCAGGUCUUGGAGAUCCUGUCUGAACUUGGCUCAUCCCCAGACAUCAAGACUCUUCUCAGAUCCUUCCAGUCUUUCUCCGAGGCUCUGCUGGUCCUCAACAUUUUUGAAAGCUACCUCGACUCUGAACCCGAAGAUGAGGAAAACCUAGAGGUGGCUGUUGAGGAGGAAGUGUCUCAUAAAUGUGUCAAAGUUGAUUUAAAGAUGUCAGAUGUGUCCCGUGAGUCCAAAGUGGUUCUCAAGCCUUCUGAGUUUGACCUGCUGCCCCUCCUACAUGAAGUUGUGACUGUGACUAAAGGGAAAGAUGUGACGGCAUUGAACCAGACUUGCACUGCCAUUUCAGACAUCAUCAGUAGAGCCCGGCUCACAGUGGAGACUCAACAUAUUUGCGAUACGCUUACUAUCGAAGUCCAAAUUCAAAGUUGGGCAGCUAAAGCCAACUAUGUGGUGGAAGAGAUAUGCAAACAAGACAGCAUCAACCAAGGAACUAAAGACAGCAUAAGAGCUGCUUUACAAGGCGAAGCACUGGCAAAAGUACAUGUAGCCAUCAAAGAAGUCAUUCCUGAAAUCCCACUGAAAAUCAAACCACUGGAGUUUCCUACUGAGGCUGCAGCUGGGGCGUCGACUUCCAGACAAGAUGACAGCGUGGAGAAGUUGGAGAUUUCGUUAAAGGAGGUCCCAAUGUCACCAGUGUUCACCUACAGCCCUGAGCUACUAGAAAAAGAAGAGGUUGCAGACUUGGGCAUGCCCAGAGAAGCCCCUUCACUCACACACAGAUCUCUUUUCCUGAAACAAGAAUCGAACAACUGGGAUCCCGAGGACAAUAAGAUCGUCCAAGUGACCAGGAAGAUGGCGGACAUUAUCUGUCACAUGACCCAAUAUCUGAAGAAGAAAGGACCUAUUCUGAACAAAGAUGCUUUUGUGACAGCAGCUAAGGAGGUGGUCUCUAACUGUGAGUCCGUGACCCAGUUCAUCAGUGUAAUAGCCAAUCACUGCCUGGAUAAACAGUGCACCAUCGAGCUGUCGCUAAUAGUGGAGCAGAUUCUGACCAUCACCAACCAACUCAGCAUCAUCUCCAGUGUGAAUGCUGUUACGCCUGGUUCCAAAUCCUCUGAUGAGAUUUUGGUGAAAAAUGCUCAAAAUCUCCUGCAGACCGUCCUCAAAGGAGUCCACGCUGCAGAGUCGGCCUGUAUCACCGGUUUGAAGCAGCCUGAACCAAACACUGAAUGUGCAGAGGCCACCGCUCUGUGCUUCCAGUGGAGGAGGAACCUGGAGAUGCAUCGCGCACAGCAGACGUCCAACCUGGAGACUGACGACUUGGGCUUGAGAAAGACCUCUGCCCACCCAGAGGCCCCCAGCCUGGCCCCUGCUGUCACUGUGCAGGACGGCUACAAGUGA